UGCUACAUCUGCGGGGCCGAGCUGGGGCCGGGCAAGGAGUUCCAGCUAAGUACGAAUCCCGCCAACCACCUGGGCGAGAAGGAGCCCUUCUUUCCUUUCCUCACUGUCUAUCCGCCAGCCCCACGGGCCAGGCCUGCAGACUCCACGGGCCUGGUGGCCACCUGUGUUCUCUGCUAUCAUGACCUGCUGGGUCAAUGGCUGCAGCACGAAGCCAGAGCCGCUCACCAGGCUGUCAGCGCCUGGUCUAGGCAGUACCAGGUGGACACAUUUGUGUGCUUCUUCUGUCAACAAGAGAAGAAACGGUGUCUGGGGCUGAAGUCAGUGAGAGUGGCCAGGCUGCCCUUGUUCCUGUACACCCUGAGAGCCAGCCACAGCCUGUUGGUGGAUGACGGCCGGCAGCUGAUCAUUGGUGCCUGCGUGGAAUGCGGGACCCUGGUUUGUGCAGGCCAGGGGCUCGCCAGCCAGGGACCCAUGGGUUGGAGCUCCCCAGCCCCAGGAGUGACAAAGGUCACCUCUGCCCCUCUGGAGUCACCUGCAGCUGUCCAUGUUCCUGCAGCAGAGCCUGAGCUACAGCCGGUGGCCCCCACAGACAGUCUAUCCAGGGGCCCCAGGACCACCCAGGAGCUGCGGCCAGUGUCAAGCCAGCAGAGCAGCCGGGACAGCUGGGACGGGGAUGGAGUAGACGUCACAGCCACAGGCAUGAGCCAUGAGCCCAAGUCCCCUUCAAUAGGGAUGCUUUCCACGGCGACCAGGACCACCGCCACCGUCAACCCCCUCACCCCCUCGCCACUCAAUGGCGCCCUGGUGCCCACCGGUAGCCCGGCCACCAGCAGUGCGCUGUCGGCCCAGGCCGCGCCGUCCUCCAGCUUUGCUGCUGCACUGCGCAAGCUCGCCAAACAGGCAGAGGAGCCCAGAGGGUCUUCACUGAGCAGCGAAUCAUCUCCGGUAUCCUCUCCAGCCACCAACCACAGCUCUCCAGCCAGCACACCCAAGCGAGUGCCCAUGGGCCCCAUCAUCGUCCCCCCUGGGGGUCACAGUGUUCCCAGCACUCCCCCCGUGGUCACGAUUGCCCCCACCAAAACCGUCAAUGGAGUCUGGAGGAGCGAGAGCCGUCAGGACUCUGGCUCACGAGGCAGCAGCAGUGGUCGGGAGCGCCUGCUAGUGGAGCCACCUUUAGCCCAGGAAAAGGCAGCAGGCCCAGCCAUCCCUUCCCACCUGCUCAGCACUCCCUACCCCUUUGGCCUUUCCCCCAGCUCAGUUGUACAGGACUCCCGCUUCCAACCUCUCAACCUCCAGCGGCCUGUGCACCAUGUGGUGCCCCCCAGCACAGUGACUGAGGACUACCUGAGAGGCUUCCGGCCAUACCACACUGCUGAAGACCUACGCAUGUCCUCCCUGCCCCCACUCGGCCUGGACCCAGCCACUGCUGCCUACUAUCACCCCAGUUACCUGGCCCCACACCCGUUCCCCCACCCGGCCUUCAGGAUGGAUGACUCCUAUUGCCUGUCAGCCUUAAGAUCUCCAUUCUACCCCAUCCCCACCCCUGGUUCCCUGCCUCCACUGCACCCAUCAGCUAUGCAUCUGCAUCUUUCUGGGGUCCGCUACCCUCCUGAGCUCUCACACUCAUCCCUGGCAGCACUGCACUCGGAGCGGAUGUCCAGCCUCAGCGCGGAGAGGCUGCAAAUGGAUGAGGAGCUGCGGAGGGAGAGAGAGCGGGAGCGGGAGCGAGAGGCUGACCGAGAGAGGGAGAAGGAGAGGGAGCGGGAACGGGAGCAGCGGGAGAAAGAACGAGAAAAGGAGCUGGAGCGAGAGCGCGAGAAGGAACGCGAGCGUGAGCUGGAGCGCCAGCGGGAACAGCGGGCGAAGGAGAAGGAGCUGCUGGCUGCCAAAGCGCUGGAGCCCACCUUCCUGCCUGUGGCUGAGCUGCACGGACUCCGGGGCCACGCCACUGAGGAGCGGCCCAGGCCCUCAGAGCAGCUGACCCCAACCCGAGCAGAGAAGCUGAAGGACGCGGGAUUGCAGGCACCCAAGCCUGUGCAGCAUCCAUUGCACCCAGUGCCUGCCCCACACCACACCGUGCCCAGCCUCAUCUCCAGCCAUGGCAUCUUCUCUCUGCCGGGAAGCAGUGCUGCCACAGCCCUGCUGAUCCAGCGCACCAAUGAGGAGGAGAAGUGGCUGGCACGGCAGCGGCGGCUGCGGCAGGAGAAGGAAGACCGCCAGUCCCAGGUGUCUGAGUUCCGGCAGCAGGUGCUGGAACAGCACCUGGACCUGGGCAGGCCCCCGGUGCCCACAGAGGUGGAACACAGGCCUGAGAGCACCAGGCCAGGACCAAACCGUCAUGACCAGGGCAACCGUGAACCUCCACAGCACUUUGGUGGGCCACCACCCCUCAUCUCACCCAAGCCCCAGCACCACACCGUGCCCACAGCCCUCUGGAACCCAGUGGCUCUGAUGGACAAUGCACUGGAGACCAGGCGGGCUGAAAGCCACACUCUGCACAGCCACUCCACUGCUUUUGAGCCGAGCCGCCAGGCUGCCGUGCCACUGGUGAAAGUGGAGCGCGUCUACUGCACGGAGAAGACGGAGGAGCCCCGGAAGCGUGAGGCCACACCACUGGACAAAUACCAGCCGCCGCCACGGGAGGCAGGCAGUCUGGAGCCUCAGAACUUUCCCCACGGACCUGGGCCUUUCCUUGCUGAACUUGAGAAGUCAACACAGACCAUCUUGGGCCAGCAGCGGCCCUCUCUUUCCCAGGCAGCCCCCUUCGGGGAGCUCACUGGGCCCCUGAAGCCAGGCUCACCCUACUGCCACAGCACACCAAGGGCCCCCGACCCAGCCUACAUCUAUGAUGAGAUUCUUCAGCAACGCCGGAAACUGGUCAGCAAGCUGGACCUGGAGGAGCGCAGGCGGCGCGAGGCUCAGGAGAAAGGGUACUACUAUGACCUUGAUGACUCUUACGAUGAGAGUGAUGAAGAGGAGGUCAGGGCACACCUCCGCUGCGUGGCUGAGCAGCCACCCCUCAAACUGGAUACGUCCUCUGAGAAGCUAGAGUUUUUGCAGCUUUUUGGCUUGACCACCCAACAGCAGAAGGAAGAGCUGGUAGCACAGAAGCGCCGGAAGCGGAGGCGGAUGCUGAGAGAGAGAAGCCCAUCGCCGCCCACCAUUCAGAGCAAGCGGCAGACACCUUCCCCCAGACUGGCUCUGUCCACCCGCUACAGCCCCGACGAGAUGAACAAUAGUCCUAAUUUUGAGGAGAAGAAGAAGUUCCUGACCUCCUUCAACCUGACGCACAUCAGCGCAGAGAAGAGGAAAGACAAAGAGAGGCUUGUUGAAAUGCUCCGUGCCAUGAAGCAGAGGGCACUGUCCGCAUCAGUGGCAGACCCAGUGACAAGCUCUGCGAGGGACAGUCCUACCAUCUCCCUGUGUGAACCAGCCACACAGCCAACGCCUCUAGAGACGGAUCAGCCUGUCGGGGUCCCUGCCUCCUUGUCAGAUGUCCCAAAGGCCGUGGAGACUGGGAGACUGGAACAGCUCCGGCCCCAGGAGCUCUUGAGAGUCCAGGAGCCAGCUCCUAGCAGCGGUGAGAAGGCCAGGCUGAGCGAGGCCCCUGGGGGCAAGAAGAGCCUGAGCAUGCUCCAUUACCUCCGGGGCGCUGCACCCAAGGACAUUCCUGUGCCGUUGUCCCACAGCAUCAACGGGAAGAGCAAGCCUUGGGAGCCCUUCGUGGCAGAAGAGUUUGCACAUCAGUUCCACGAGUCCGUGCUGCAGUCCACACAGAAGGCUCUGCAGAAGCAUAAAGGGAGCUCGGCUUUGCUCUCUGCAGAGCAGAACCACAAGGUUGACACGUCCGUCCACUACAACAUCCCUGAGCUGCAGUCCUCCAGCCGGGUCCCCUUGCCCCAGCACAAUGGACAACAGGAGCCCCCAGCUGGGAGAAAGGGCCUCCCUUUGCCAGAGGUGGACCAGGACUCUGAGGAGGACAAUGACGAUAGUGAAGAGGAAGCUGAGGAAGCCCCCAGGCGCCAGUGGCAAGGGAUUGAGGCAAUCUUUGAAGCUUACCAGGAACACAUAGAAGAGCAAAACCUGGAGCGGCAGGUGCUACAGACACAGUGCCGGCGGCUGGAGGCACAGAACUACAGCCUCAGCCUGACUGCGGAACAGCUCUCUCACAGCAUGGCGGAGCUUCGGAGUCAGAAACAGAAGAUGGUCUCGGAGCGGGAGAGGCUCCAGGCGGAGCUGGACCACUUACGGAAGUGCCUUGCCUUGCCCGCUGUGCACUGGCCUCGGGGCUACUUUAAGGGAUAUCCGAGGUGACGGUUUCCCUUGCACCAGGCUGAACCUAUAGUAUAGAAAUAUUAUCUAUUUUAUUACCUUGAAUAUUUAAUAUUUUUCACUGGGAGGUUUGAAGCUUACAAAUUGAGAUCGUGCCAUGCAUGAAGCAAAGGAUUCCAGGCUCCAGAGAAGAUGUCACCUUGACUCCACUGUGACCAAGUCACCUGUCUCAGCUAA